UGGUUUUAUGCAAAUUGGUUAGGUACUUUGAAGAUUCAGUGUAUGUUGCUUCCUUGUUGAGGUUUCUUUUAGAUGAAAGCCUUUUGACUCAUAUAGUAUUAGAUGGCUUCAUUUUAGUCAUAUCUUAUGUACUGAAUAUGAAGCUUAUUUGGCCCUGAGCUAUUUUUCUUCUCUGAUUUGUAUAGUUUCUUUUGAGGAUUGAAGUUAGCAGCAAUGGAAGCUGAGAAUCAACAGUUUCUGAGGGUAAGAUGUCGGCUAUCUGCUCACCGAAUGAACCAUCUGAUCAAUCUCAUGAAUGCAUGGUCAAGGGUAUGUCUUGAAUACGAUGAUGGAGAGAUUGUGGAGCGUGUAUAUCGCUGGGUUCCGGGUUCUGUCGGAGUUGAAAUGGAUGGUGGGGGUGGUGACGGUGGCUUUGACGGAAAUAAUCAACAAGGCCUUGGUGGGAAUGAUCAGCCAGCUGUCCAAGGUGAAGUUGGUGAAGCUUCGGGUAGUAAAGUAGGUGAAGUUGGUGAAGCUUCAGGUAGUAAAAAAGGUGAAAAUGCUGUAGAUGAAGAUCAUGAAGCUGGAAAUGACCAUCAGAGCAAGAGAAAGCGAAAGACGGAACAUCAGGAGAAGAAGAAGCAGAAGAUUCAGGAACUCUGAUCUCUCAUUUUUGUCCCAAUAGGCAAUAACAUGUCAGUACAUGAUCAGAAGUAGUAUUUUAGUAUCGAGUAUAGACAGAAUCUAACCAUCUACGUCUGUACAUUUCACAUUUCAAUGAUAAUGGCAUCUAGCCAUCUAGGUCUUCUAGUUAACAUUAGAAAUUAGAAUC